AUGACUUCAAAAUCAGUCGAUGCAGUGGAGAUAAAACAAACGAAAGAUCUGGACGUAUGUGUUUCUCGACGUUGGGCAUUCAUCAAAACAGGUUUUCUAGUGAUCACAUGGAUUAUUCUGGGAGUUCAUGCGGAAAUAGUUGGACCAACUAUGAAGAUUCUUGCUCAACAAACAGGCACAACUUUCAGUGGAAUUAGUUCUAUCUUAGCUGCUCGAAGUGCUGGAUACAUGUUUGGAAGUAUACUGGGAGCAGUCAAACAAGGCUUUAUUAAACGAUAUUCGGAUGGUUUACUUUCAUUCGCAUUUUUAAUUGCAUCUAUUGUUAUCUUUAUUACACCGUCGAUUCGAUCGUUGUUACUUCUAUCGAUUGUGUUUUUCAUUCAAGGAAUCUCACAAGGAUUUACCGAUCUAGGCGGUACAAAUCUUAUUCUAACAAUGUGGCAUGAUCAUUCAUCUACUGCAAUGAAUACAGUUCAUUUAGGGUUUGGUUUCGGUGCUGUCUUUGUCAAUCUUCUUGUGGCUCCUUUUCUUGAAAAGAACGAGAUCAUUGUAUCCAAUGUGACAUCGACUUCAAUAUUAGAAAAUCCAUUUUCAUCGAAGAUCAGUAUUCCUUACACGAUCACAGCAAGUCUUUGUUUUUUGAUAGCCAUUGGUCAUUCGCUAUUUGCAAUUCGUGAACAUCGAAUUCAGCGAAGAACUCUUCAAAUGGAUCAAUCAGCAUAUACUACUGUGACUAAUGUUCCACUUGUUGACACUCAAGUUAGUUAUUCUCAGUAUUCACCACGAUCUUGUGGUAAUGGUUAUUUUUAUUACGGUCUCACUAUGUCAAUUCUUUGGAUUGUUUACAUGUUUUUUGUUACUGCUAAUGAUUUAACUUUUGGCAAAUUCUUUUUCUCAUAUCUUGGAUCAUCGAAGUUUGAACUUUCAACAAAAAGUGCGUCGUUAGGAAUGAUUAUUUAUUGGCUCUCAUAUUCGAUUGGUCGUUUGAUCUGUGCAAUCGUGGCUUUGUUUGUAUCUGUUGAUAUAGUAUUAAGUGUGAUUUGGAUGGCUGGAUUGAUAUUGGCAAUAGCAUGGAUUGUUUUUGUAUGGAUUAUAGGAUUAUCAAGUACGAGUCUAUUUAUUCUCGGUUCGUUCACUGGGUUGAUCUUCUCGCCCAUUUUUCCAUUAUCAUUUGGUUUUAUUAAUCAACGAUUAGUUAUCAAUCCAUUACUUCUUGGUUUGAUCUUGUGUGGUGCAUCACUCGGUGGAGUUAUUUUUCAAAAAAUAGGUGGUAUUGUGAUGGACAUAAAUCCGCAACAUUUUCCAACACUACUGAUGAUUUGUGUUCUUCUAUCGAUCGUACUCUAUUCUAGUGCAUCACUUCUGUCUUUCUGUCAUCGUCGACAAGUUGCGAAGAAAUCUCAACAUGCGAUCUCGAAAAAUGUUCCCAUAGUUUCUCAUUUGAAUGAAGAAGAAGAGGAAAUGACAAUGUUUUUUGUUGACACUAAACGAGAAAAACAAUGA